AUGGCUCCAGGACUCAAGUCGGUACUUAUAACCGGCUGUUCUGCAGGUGGAAUUGGUGGAGGUUUGGCCGAAGCCUUUCAUGAAAAAGGAUAUCACGUCUUCGCAACAGCACGUACACCAUCAAAGAUCUCACAAUCUCUCGCCGAAGCACCGAAUGUCACCGUUCUGACUCUUGACGUGUUAUCUUCCGAAUUAAUCGCUGCAGCCGUUGAGAGCGUCACCAAAGUAACUGGCGGGAAGCUCGAUGUCCUUGUCAAUAACAGCGGCACGAUGAUGGUCAUGCCGGCUUUGGAUUCGUCAAUUGAGGAGGGCAAGAGACUGUUCGACACCAACUAUUGGGCAGUUCUCGCCAUGAUUCAGGCUUUUGCUCCGCUCUUGAUCGAAGCAAAAGGUUGUAUCGUGAAUAAUACAUCUGUCAGUGGGGUCGUUCCCUUUGGAGCCUUUGGGAGUAUCUACAACAGCUCGAAAGCUGCUGCGCUCCUCGGGAGCGAAUCAUGGCGUCUCGAGCUCGCGCCUCUUGGGGUUCGGACCAUAACUCUUGUGACAGCCGCCGUCAAAUCCAAUGUCUUCACCAACCUCAAGCCGACGAAAAUACCCGAGAACUCAUACUACUACGGGAUCAAAGGCUAUAUCGAAGAAUUAUGCGACGGCAGAUUACAAGCCAGUGGCAUCACAUCGAAGCAGUUUGGUGUCAAAGUUGUCCGAGAGGUCGAAAAGGGUAGGACAGGAAAAUACUGGGUGGGCGGAGGCGCAGUGUCUGCUCGCUACGCCAUAUGGCUGUUGCCGGAAUCGAUGAUGGACCGACUAUUAGCCUUCCUGUUUCCCUUCGCCAAGUUGUUACAGACCUAUGUCAAGAGUAAAGAGUGA